UUAUAACUACAAUGGCGCCCAAAGCAGGUCGUCGGGGGACGAAGCGCAAAGCUGCAGAGGAGGAGCAACCAUCCGUAGAGGAGAAGAAGGACCGAGCAGGAGAGGAGGAGACCGGCCAGGAAGGUCCAAGGGUGGUUAUUGAACACUGUAAAAGCUGCCGAGUGUAUAGGUGUCAUGCCGAGGGGGUGAAGUCAGCCCUCCUGGCAGCCCGCCCUGGACUGACCGUGGUCCUUAACCCUGAGAAACCACGCAAGAAAAGCUUUGAGGUUACUCUGCUGGAUGGAGGCAAAGAAACAUCCCUGUGGACUGGAAUAAAGAAGGGUCCACCUGCUCGGCUGAAGUUUCCUGAACCAAAGGUUGUAGUUGAGGUUCUUCAAGAGACUAUGGAGGUGAAGACCCAGUGAAGCUGGGCUUUCAGGAGAUGUGGUUACUGGACGCAGAAUGGUGAGGAGAGACCAAGGAGACAAGUUUUCAGUCCCUCCUCUGAUGAGCCAGGCUUCAGCUGCUGACAUCUUCUAGAUCUUCUAGAGACAACUAUUCAUUCUCACCUAUGGCAAAUUUAUAAUCCCCAUCUAAUCCUAAUGAGCAUGUCUUUGGACCAGAACCUUCUUGCUGAGAGAUCAGUACCAACCACUACACCACUGUGCCGCCCCCUAGUGGACCAUCUUUAAGAUAAUACAUGUCUCCGAUGCACAGUCUGGCCAAGUUGUUAGUUCUUCCUGUAUUUCUCAAACUCGUUUAUGGCUUUAUCUGUUUUUUGUUUGUUUGUUUUGUUUUUUUAAAUAAAGACUUUUAACGUUAA